AUGGAAGACGAAGAAACAUACUCGAAAAAAACUUUGCAUCAUUGCUCCUACAGACAUCUACAGCAAUUGGCAAAAUCGAUGGGUCUUCCGUGCAACAUUAAAAAAGUUUAUUUAAUCGAGCUCAUAAGGGCUAAAAAGUUUAGUUCAGAGAGUGAGGUCAAGAGUAUUGUCCAACGAGUAAAAAUGGAACGACAACAUCUAGCACAGGUUAGAAAGAGCUACAAAAAAGCAAAUAUAAAGAAUGAGGAUAAUAUAUACUAUAAAAAGCCUCAGUCUCCUCCAAUAACAUCGACUCCGAAACGCACUGGUGUAACUAUGCAUUGUAGCCCAGAUUUACAUCAAGCAAUCAUAAGAUAUAAACAAAAGCAAAGCCUAGCCCGUGUAGCUCAGAGAACAUAUCCCUCUCCUAAAUUGCAGAAUGGAAGUGACAGAGUACUGAGAAGUUUCAAUGUGAAAACAAAUAAUAGAAAUGCAGGCAUUUUUAAUGUACAGAAGACCGUACUUGGUGUCAUCAAAGCACAAAGCAGAGGAAGUCCAGAGGAGACACAAAUUGAAAUUGUAAGCCAUGAAGGUAACAUGCCAAAAUUUAAUUUGACUGCAAAAUGUUUGGUGAAGAAACACAAGCCUGGUAUACUAGGCUCAAGUACUGCUAACUCUGACAGGAUUUAUGAAAACAGGCAGAUGUUGCAAGCUAAUGAUAAUAAGAUAUCCCCACCAGCAAAACGAGAAAGAACAGUAAGUGGAAUUUAUCCAUUAAGUUCAAAAGAAACACCAAAUAAAUAUGGCUACUUACAGAGUGUGGGUUUGAGAGGCCGGGAUGAUAAAGAGAUUCAGAACAAUCUGGACGUAUCCAAUCAUCAAUUGAAUGUCAGAGCUAAUGAGAACAUUGAGGAUCUACAUUCUGUAUAUUAUCAUAAGAAGAUAAGAGCUGAACAAAUCCGGUGUAACAGGUUCUUUAAUCCUAGAGAACAAUUUGUGGAAGAUGACAGAUUGCCCAAAAUUAAUGAGGUCUUUACGCAGUUCAGGGAUGUGACACAACCUUUGUAUGUGCAAGUUAGUGAGGAUUCCGAAUCAGUUGAUAUUCACCCAGUAUAUGCUCCUAGGAAUAAUACCAACACCGGCAUGUUGGAGAACAUAUACAAUUUCCGGAGUCAAUACCUCAUCAACCAACCGCUUUUGCAAGUAGCGACCACGUCAAAUACAAAAUGCGUUUUCAGCACAUCGGUCGUGGCUACGCCAAAGGCGCAACCCUCCUCCACAAUGGUCUUCGGUGAGCCCUUCAUGACUCCGGCUGAGACAGGUUUAGGAGUCUCCAGGCUCGGUGAAUUCUACACGCAAGACACAAAUAGCCCCGAGCCCGGCUGUGCCUCCAUACCAGAAAUGGUUGAAGACGCCCUUGAGAUCAUCAGCCAAGAUGGCGACUACAUGGAGAGAAUUGGAAUGGAUGUAAGGGUACCAUGCAUGCUCUGCUCUUGGGCUGGUCCCAUGGUCAUGCUGGAGUAUCACAUCAAGAAGGAACAUUCGGAUCAAAUCUACAAGGAAAACAAGAACGAGUGGAACAUCACGUUCACCCUGGGCAGCUUGGUGCAUUGCCAGUUGUGUCUCAGCCAUGUAGUCGAGUACGACUCAACACUUUACAUACUGAGCGCAAAGUACGAGGAUCCGGACUGCUUUAUGGCCUCCAUUUCGACAUUGAACUCGGAGGGGAACGCGCAGCGGCUCGGCUCGAUCACCGUUUACAACAAGGUGACGGGGGAGCCCCAUUUGUGGCAGGGGCCCGUCAGACCGCUGGACCUCCAGCAUCCGCAGCCAGCCCAGGUGGGGCAGUGCCUCAAGGUGGGGCUGUCCCGCCUGGACCUGCUGCCCAACAGCGCCAACCUGAAACUCCUCAACAGGGAGCUGGUGAAUGACUCGCCCUGCAAAGUGGUUGUGGGACAUCCCGAGCUGAACGAUAUACACAUCAUACUGUUCGUCAAGAUAUUUGAA